AUGCCAGGAAACAGUACUGCAAGUUGGUUAAGUAACAUUAUAGCAUGUCUACAACAGAAUGAACUCACACUUUCAGGAGUGAUCCAAGGAGUUUUAAAGAGCAACAAACCUAGUCACAAAACAGCCCGGGAGUUGCUUUUACGCAAUGCACAAAGGAUAUGUACUGUUCUACACAAGCAGUCGGCCGCUCACCAGUCAGUAUUUUCAUGGGCAUUUGGGCUUGUUAGUGGGGUGUUGUGCAAGAAGGUUGAAGAACUGAGCCAAGAGCAACACGACCUUCACUUCAAGGCAAACACUGCGACCACAGAACAGCUAGACAAUACUUUCUUGCUUCUCAAAGGUCCCAAUGAUCGGCACGUGAAACUGAGACAAAACAAUGAUGAAAUGCUGGUAGGCUUUGCACCGCUGGUGGAGAAUGACCUUGGCAAACUAGGUGGUACCAAGGAGCUUGCAAGAGACAGCGAGCAUGAUGAAGAGAGCCCUAUGAAAAAAAGCCAGAAGCAAGCAGGGGCAAGAAAUGCUGCACUGCUGAUGAUUCUAGAAAUGGUUAUUUGCAUUAUUAUCUUCCUUCAAAGCUUGAACAAAAGAUGUAAUUACCUUCAACUUCAAGCAAUACUAGGAAUAUUUUAUCACUCGACGUCCGUUCCUGAGAAAGUCAUUGAAACCCUCGCUCACGCUGGCCUAUCUGUCAGCCUAUCAUCCAUCUACCAAGCUAUAGUAUCCCUCUCAAAGGACACCUCUUCACAAAUGAAAAAGGCCCUUCAUUCACUGUGCACUGCGAUUGCGUACAACAAUUUUGACAUUGACUUCAAAACAGCCCAACCAACUGUUGAGAAAAGUGGAAGCUUUGUUAGUGCAACCUCUGCGACAGCUAUUUCCCUUUUUGGCGUGCAGGAUCCUGUGCCUCUGUGUUGUUCAGCUCAACUCUAG